GAGUAGUAAUCUGUUAUUUUACCAGUUAAACCCAAACCAAACUUUCCAAAACCCCUCCUUCAGCCCAAACAAGCCAAGCACAGAGACUCAUCGGAACAGUAUGCUCGAAACGACGGGCCAUCGCCAUUUCUAGAGCUCAAGAACGGUUUUUCUUGAACUGGGUUACAGAAAUAGGUAACCAGAACGGUUUUUUUGGAACUGGGUUUCACUUAUUUACUACCUUAUGCUUCCUUAUUUAAUUUGCAAAGUUGCAAAAUUUAAGUGAAUUUAGGUAUAAAAUGCCCUGAAGCAGCUUAGUUUUUUUAUUUUCUUAAUCUGCAAUGCACCGGGGGAUUGUUGUUUUUACCCAUAGGAUUUUCAGAAGUUCCAGUCUUUUAAACCCUAGGAGUAACGGGUUUGUUUCUUUUCGUUUCCUGUCCUAUACUCCGAUGCACCGGCGUAAUCCCGACCCUGAUGACCCAGCCACCCUAAUGAAGGAAGAUGCUGUUUCAGUAUGUUCUCAAAUGUGGAUUGAGAAUUUUCGCGAACCCGAUAAAACGGCGAGCAAUUUGACCUCGUAUCUUCGUCGGUUUGAGUUAUGGGUAUUAGCGUAUCAGAAAGUGUGUGCUGAUGAGAUUGGAGCUUACGUGCCUCGUAGUGCUAUAGAAAGGCCGGCCUUGGAGGAUUUGUUAGCUCUUAGAAAUGCUGUUCUUGAUAAUAGGUUUAAGUGGGGUGCUAGGUUGCAGUUCCUUAUCAAGUCUCCGAGAGAUAAGACGGAUUAUGAGUCGUUGUCGAAGAGAAAGAUCAAGGCGAUUUUAACCACUACACAACCUGCUCCGUUUCAGGACAAGAUUGUUCAAGAGGUGAUGUAUAUGAUCUUGGAGCCAAUAUAUGAAGCACGGUUUUCGCAGAAGUCAUUUGCUUUUAGGCCUAGUAGAAAUGCACAUACUGCAUUGAGAGUCAUUAGGAGGAGUUUUGCUGGAUAUUUGUGGUAUAUAAAAGGGGAUUUAAGUACGAUUUUAGAUGGCAUGAAGCCUAGUAUAGUAAUAAGUGCUUUGAUGAGAGAUGUAAGGGACAAGAAAGUGAUUGAUUUGGUGAAGGCAGCAUUGACUACACCUGUGAUCACAACUGCCGUCGAAGUGCCAAAGAAGAGGAUUAAGAGGAAGUAUUCGAAAAAGAGGGUCUUAGCAGAGGAUGAGCCAAAGCCAGAUCCGUAUUGGCUAGAAACUUUUUUUGGGUUUGCGCCGGAGGAGGCAGAAAAGCUUCCUUCUUGGGGGCAUUGUGGAAUUCUUAGCCCCCUUUUGGCUAAUGUCUGCCUCGAUGAAUUAGACAAAUGGGUUGAAGGUAAGAUUCAAGAGUUUUACCAUCCUUCUAAAAGUGAUGUCAUAUGGAAUAGUCCAGAGGGGGAAGCAGAACAGGGAAAUACAUCUUGGCCAGAAUUUGUGCCAACAAGUGGGCCAGACAAGACCCGGAAAAUGGAUUAUAUAAGAUACGGGGGUCACAUUUUAAUUGGCGUUAGAGGACCUAGAGCGGAUGCAGCUACAUUGAGAAAACAACUGAUUGAGUUUGUUGAUCAAAAAUACUUUCUCAAGCUUGACAAUGAGAGCCUCCCUAUUGAGCAUAUAACUAAAGGUAUAAUGUUUCUUGACCAUGUUUUGUGCAGAAGAGUUGUGUAUCCAACUCUUCGCUACACCGCCACCGGUGGGAAGAUUAUCAGUGAAAAGGGCGUCGGCACCCUUUUAUCUCUUACGGCAAGCUUGAAACAAAGCAUUAAGCAAUUUAGGAAGCUGAACUUUCUAAAGGGGGAUAGAGAUCCAGACCCACAACCUUGCUUUAGAAUGUUUCAUGCUACUCAAUCUCACACCAAUGCGCAAAUGAAUAAGCUUUUGUCAACAAUGGUUGAGUGGUAUAGAUAUGCUGAUAAUCGGAAGAAAAUUGUGAACUUCUGUUCAUACAUUAUAAGGGGUUCACUUGCAAAGCUUUAUGCUGCAAAAUACAAGCUUCGUUCACGUGCAAAGGUGUAUAAGAUUAGUUCCCGGAAUUUGAGUCGCCCACUGAAGGAGAAGAAAGGAGCAUCUCCUGAGUACCAUAAUUUGUUAAGAAUGGGGCUUGCAGAGUCGAUUGAUGGGCUUCAGUAUACCAGGAUGUCUCUUGUACCUGAAACUGAUUACACCCCUUUUCCAGUCAAUUGGAGACCUGAUCAUGAGAAGGCAUUGCUUGAAUUUAUAAGACUGGAUGAUCCGAAAACCCUGGAGGAGCAACGGAAUUGCAUCAGGGAGCAGGGUCUGGUUUCACCUCAAGACUACAUUGCAAUGCUUGUUUGGAACUACAAGAAAAAUGCUAUUGCAACAGAUCAUAACACCCUUGUAAACAAUGGUGGCGGUAACACAGAAAAAGAACAACAAUUUCUACUGAGCACAAACCAGGAGGAUAACGAUGAGGAAAGUACAGAUGAAAAACACAAAGAACGGCUUCAUGUGGCACAAAUGAAUUCUUUUGGUGGCACUGUUCUCUCUGUCUAAAGGCAUGGACUGUGAUCAUUUCAUGGUUCAUUUUGGCACCUGUUGCACAUAAAUGGGACCUUGGACCCUUACAUGUCAUCUGCCAAAAGUUUGUUACCGCCUGUAAGUGGAUUUUUGUGGAUGAUCACGGGAAAUCCCAAUCUUGAUCUGCCAGCAUUCAAGCCAAGAUCAGUAAAAAAAAUGAUUGUGUAUUUGGCGAUUACUUGGAUAUCGAGGAAAUAACUCUACUGCUAAUAUGAUUGAUGCCAAGAGUUCGCUGGGAAACUCAAGCUUUUAGGACACAAGUGCAUUGCUUGCCAUGUUAAGCUUGUUUUUGUAUCCUAUUGGUAAUUGUAGAGCCUUCUUUUGAAUGUAAACUACAAAAUCGAUGGCACCCCUCUUCAAUUCGAAAACAAGAUUCUUCGCAGAAGUCGUCACGAAGCUGUGGUUACGCUGCUGGUCCUUUCGACUUUUCUGGUUAUGGUAACGCUGCUGCUCAUUUCCGUCCUGAGAUUCAUAUAUGAUCUUUCUUUAUUUUGAUUGUGAUGUCUUGUUUAGCUCUGUUUUUAUUGAUCUUAAACUGCAUUCAACAAUGUUCUUUGAUUUAAUGUUUUUGAAUGAAAUUUCACUGCAGUUGACUGUUGCAUUUUCAACUGCAAAAUGUA